CUCUUACAGAUGUAGACAAGUCACAUAGUAUGCAAUUUGUUGAUCCCUUGACACAACCUCGACCGUGAGAGCCAGCGUGAACGAAGGCUAAGGCGCAUUAGGAUCCACGAUUGGACUCGGCGAGCUUUGGAAGACAAUCAUCCCCUGCGAACAGACUUCCAAGUUGCGAUACUGGCCAACCCUGACUGCUCAAAGACCGAGCCACACAACAAUGUCCACUGCAGAUUUCCUCCGGUCGGCCCUAUAUGCUGGAAUCCCCGGAUCCGUCGCAUCCGUCCGUCAUCGCCACACGCAAGCGUGUGCGCACAUUCCGGAGAGUCGGGGCUGCGAUGUCCUGAGAUUCACCAGGCUAUCCGAUUCCGCCGCACAGAGGGCAGAUCCUUCAGAUAACCUGGCUGUAACAGCAUAUACGUGUCGAG